CUCAAAGAGGUUGUACCCGAUCACAAGCUACCCGGCUGGAGGCAGAAGAGCAUCCCCACAGCAGUCAAGACGUCUCAGAUCAGUCUACAAGGAUUCUCAAAUCUUGGUAAUACGUGUUACAUGAACGCCAUUCUCCAGUCGCUAUUCUGUCUGGAAUGCUUCACUGCAGACAUGCAGAAUCAAGACAUCAUUCCACUCAUGCAGAAAUCAAGUCUCUACUGUCAUUCUAACCCGAUCGGGUCGAUCCAGACGGCGCUGGAGCAGUUCUUCAGAGAGGAGGGUAUAGAGUAUGCCUGCGGAGAAUGUGACUGCAAGCAGGCUAUAGUCACGCAUAAGUUCACUAAGCUACCAAGGGUAAUUAUCAUUCAUCUUAAGCGCUACAAAUUUGACGCUGACGCCUUCCAGUACUCCAAGCUCCGUCGUCGCAUCCUCAUACCCAGGUACUUGUCCGUCCACUACCACUGCACCAAGGAAACCCAGAGUCCAACCUCUCUCCCAAAGUCAUUAGUCAACGGGACGUCAUCUCCAAGGCCACAACAACUCAAUGCCGAGAGAACUCAAAGGUUGUCCCUCACAGCCCCGUCGACGAGGGAAUCUAAUUGGUCCGCUUCAGUUUUACGCCCACUGCGCCCUCAAGGAAGAGGCUGAACUAUGACGACAACAGUAAACAACCAAGCCAAACCAUUCUCCUGGAAAGUAACACAGACUUAGACGGUGACAAGAACAAAAAAGUCUUAGAGAUGAGUAAUAAAAGAGUCGGAGAGAAAAAAGCGAGAAGCAGAUGAGAGGUUGCGGCUUGAGGAAGAAGAAUUGAAAAAGGAAUCCUUGAGAAGAUGACACUCUGAGAUGUGCAGGAAGAUGUGUGGGGAGGCAGCCCACCUGCAAGGC